AUGGAUGCAGCGUUUACGCUGGCAUUGCGCUUACGCUCGAUAAGCACUCAAAUUUAUGGAUGGAAGCCAGACAGGCAUAGUCUACCACUUGAAAGUCGAGUGGCUCAAAUUGAGCACGCUCUUGGAGAGGCCGUAGUGCCCCACGUAUCUCUGCAGCGUUUACUUAAUCAGAAUGAAUGUAUUCAAAAACUACUCAAGGAACUGCCAAAAAAUGAUCUUGACGCUGAUACACAGCUAGCUUUAGUGCUAGAUAAUGCAGCUUCUAUGCAAAACUUUGUUCGUGUCAUGGAAGCAUGCCGUGAAUUGGAUGAACACGGCGCUACUGGCUCUGGUCAGCUUCAAGAACACGAGCCUCUGCGUGAAAGACUGCAAGCAUGUUUGGAGCAGCAGCACUCGCUCGAAACCCAAUUCAUGGAAGCACAAGCGCGUACCACAUCGCUCCUGCAACGCUAUGAUCUCUACGUCGACCAACUAUCGAGCAUUUUUGUGGCUCUGGACGCUAAAAUUCAACAGAUCGAGAAGGCCAAGCUUGGUCACGCAAGAAAUUGA